AUGCUGGGCUUCCUGAACCAUCCGCUGACGGCUUUUACAUGCGCCUAUAUCAUCUACUACCUGAUGAAGUGGUAUCGCCUUCGCAAGUUGAUGCCUCCCGGACCACUAGGUCUUCCUUUCAUAGGCAAUAAGCACGAACUCCCAGCUAUCAAGCCCUGGAAGAAGUUCGCCGAGCUAAAUAAACGAUAUGGACCUGUAACCUCGAUCUUCUUGGGAGACACCCCUGUUAUCAUUUGUGGGACGGCACAACCGGCAUGGGAUCUCCUGGAGAAGCGGUCCGACAUUUAUUCGAGUCGCCCGAGAUUUGUUGUCGCUGGAGAAAUUCUCUCGAGUAACCUGCGCGGCCUCAUGCUACCGAACAACGAGUCCUGGAGAAAGUGGCGAAAGGUCCUCCAUUCAGGCUUUCACUCAAGGCAGGCGGAGACAUAUAAGGAUAUCCAAUCUCUCGAGUCGAAAGUUUUGAUCAAGCAAAUUCUUGACGACCCGAAAGGCUACGAACGGCAUAUCCAGAGAUUCGCCGCAAGUGUAGCUGUCUCCGUCACCUACGGGAAAAGGAUCAACAGCGUCGACGAGUGGGUUGUGAAAGAGAAUAUGGACGCCAUGGAUUAUCUCAUCAGUGUCAACAUCCCUGGAAAAUACCUAGUCGAAUCCUGGCCAUGGCUUCUCAAGCUCCCUCGGUCACUCCAAUGGUUCCGACGAGAGCCAGAAGAACGCAGAAAACGGGACAUUCGAUUCCUCACGGUCCUCUACGAUGAAGUCAAGUCGCGGAUGACGAAAGGGACGAUCCCCGACUGCCUCACUUCGCAAUGUAUCACCAACAUUAAGCAGUUGGGCAUGAGCGAUUUGGAGCUCGCGUAUGCGGUUUCUAGUCCGUUCGGAGCAGGUAUCGAGACGACCUCUGGCACGAGUACAUCGUUUGUUCUGGCCAUGCUGCAUUUCCCGGAGGUCCAGACGAAAGCGCAAGUCGAGCUGGAUGCCGUUGUUGGUCAAGAUCGCAUGCCUGAAUACGAAGAUCAAUCCAGCCUUCCCUACAUUCGCGCGGUGAUCAAUGAAGCCUUGAGGUGGCGACCCGUUGCUAUUCUUGGAGGAACUCCUCACGCAAGCACUGUAGACGAUGUGUAUAACGGGAUGUUCAUCCCGAAAGGCUCGACCAUUUUUGCGAACUUCUACGGCAUCAUGAGAGACCCAGAAAUGUUCCCAGAACCCGAGCGUUUCCGACCAGAACGCUUCGUCGAGACCACCAGUCCGCGCCUGCUGCAGUUCGAUCUCCCGUUCGGAUUCGGCCGCAGAUCAUGUCCAGGCAUACACCUCGCCUUGAACUCUCUCUUUAUCAACUUUGCUCGCAUGCUGUGGGCCUUCGAUAUCAAGCCAGCGCUGGAUCAAGAUGGAAAAGAGAUCAUGCCGGAUUCCGAGAAUUAUACCAACGGAUUCAACUCUCGCCCCGUAAGCUUCGAUUGUCGCUUUAUUCCAAGAAGUAGCAAGAUCGUAGCUUGUAUCGAGGCAGAAUACCAACAUGCGAAACCUCAGCUGGAUCGAUGGGAGGAGUGA